CUUCAAUUCAAUUCCAUCACUCUCUCUUUCUCUCUCUUCUCUUACUCUCUCUCUCUCUCUCUCCCCCUCUUUCUCUCUUUCUACCUAUACCCUCCACCUCCCUCCCACAAUUAAAUUAAGCUUUAAAGAUAACCCAUCGCUCUCACCCUUCAUUUCCCUUAUAUAUAAGGAGGCCCUGGAGGUCCAUACCACCUACACAGACCAUGUUGAUGGUGCCGGAGCUAGUCCUGGUUCAUAUCUAGCCUGCCUCCGGCCAGCAAUUCCCGGUCACUCUUAUUCCUCUCUAUAUCAAUCUAUCUUCUCCCUUCACUGAAAUUGGCAGAGCCCUUAGGUUGGCAUAAAGUUCCUUUGAGGCAGGGUGAGAUAUAUAUAUCUAUAUAUAUACACAUAAACACCAAAGAUGAGUCGCCGAAGUGGAAGCAGCCCAAAGCUGGAAUUGAAGUUGAACCUUUCACCACCGAGGCCUAACCCGCGAGUGGAGUCGCCAAGCCGCUCGGCCACGGUGUCGCCGACAUCCCCGCAAAGCUCGUGUGUGUCGUCGGAGCUCAACCAGGAUGAUCCUCUCCGAUACCCGAACAGCCCCGAGGUGACAUCCAUGGUGCUCGUGGGGUGUCCGCGCUGCCUCAUGUAUGUGAUGCUCUCAGAGGACGACCCCAAAUGCCCCAAAUGCAAGAGCACAGUUUUGCUUGACUUUCUUCAUGACACCACUAGUCCCGCCACCAAGACAAGGAAGAGUUAGAGUAGGCUCUUUUUUAUAAUUCCGCUGUUGUUGUUACUAGGACUUUUAGCCUUUCUAUUUUUAUCUUUCUUGUCUUCUUUUUGUUUCUCUUUUUUUUUUGGGGG